CACGAUCGUGCACUUGACUUCAAAUUGUAUAUCAAAACUCCGAACAGUGUCAAUAAAAUUAAUAGAUAUGAAGAAACUGAAACGCACCAUUCUGGAGAUAAGGCCCGUAUUCAGUAGCGGAAAGGUGCAUCUUGAUGUCAUCGAGGGUCUCGCACUGGCAGAGGUUGUUGUAAUUGGCAGCAGUGAGGAGGUCGGCCUUGUAGCCAAGGCUCCUGGGUGCGAACCCAAGCUCCUGGUUGCGAACUCGCGAGUUGGGUUCCUCACGAACCCAGCUCGUGGAUUCGCACCUCGCGAACCCAGGCUCUUGGGUGCGAACCCACAAGCUGGGUUCGAGAGGAACCCAAGCUCCUGGGUGCGAACCCGCGAGUUGGGUUCCUCGUGAACCCAGACUCCUGGGUUCGCCUAGAGGUAAAAGGAGAAAAAGAAAAAAAAGAAAAGGCCGGAGGAAGGAGAGGAUGGGGAAGAAAGAAGAGGGUAAAUUAGUAAUUAAAGGAAAAAAAUUUAC